AUGAAGCACACUCAAGGUGAAAGACAAGGAAUGAACACAAGUGCACCCUCCACACCACAGACAUGUCCUGCUACGACAUCUGCCGCCCCUGCGGACACCCCUCUGGCUAACAGCUGCAACGAGCCCUGUGUCAGGCAGUGCGAGGACUCCCGCGUCGUCAUCCAGCCUCCUGCCGUGCUGGUCACCCUGCCAGGACCCAUCCUCAGCUCCUUCCCCCAGAACACCGCCGUUGGAUCCUCCGCAUCAGCUGCCGUGGGCAGCAACCUCAGCGCCCAGGGAGUGCCCGUCUCUGGAGGCGGCUUCGGAGGCUUUGGCCUUGGAGGCUUGGGAGGCUAUGGCUUCGGAGGCCUGGGCUGCUUCUCUGGCAGAAGAGCCUGCUACCCCUGCUAA